ACGAAAUAACGUUUUGCAGAAGUUGUGUGUGUAUGCAUAUAAGGAGAGCGUCCCCUAGCUACAUGGAACAAGGUGCCAAGGGGGGCUAAAACAUUUCAGGGCGCAAGCAACAGACCACCAUCAAAUCUUCCCAAACAUUUUUUUUUCGCUGAAUUACAACACAGCCCUCGCUUUUCAUUCAAAAUGAUUAUAAAAUACGUUGCUUACCUUUAAAUAGAAACACUAAAUGUAGCCUAUAUUUUGUUUAAGAAACCUAUUCGUAGCCAAAGUCGCCGUUCUACUUUUUUCAUUUUAAUGAUGGAAUGUUUAUGUUAAGUUCGUAAAUUAAUGAAUUAGUCAUUAAGCAGACGCUUUUAUCCAAAACAACAACAGAGACUAAGGGGUGAACUAUGCAUCAACAACUGCUGGGAGGGCCGGGGUUUCCUGGUUACGCACAAUAACGCGACACUCAGUUUCAGUCAAUUCUGUAAAAGUAGCAGGCGUGUUCCUACAGCAGUGUCAUUGGUUCCUUCAGAGCGAAGAGUGUUACACGUUUGCCAAAGAUGGUUCAUUUUGUGUUUCUGGUUUUUGCAUAUGUCUACGCUUGUGUUUACUCUGCUGUGAAUGCUACAGUAAAGGAGAUUACAGUAAAUUGUGAUGAAGAUGCAGUUCUCACGUGUGAAGCUGGAAUGGAGUUAGGGGUGACAUAUCGAUCUUUACUCUGGUACAAGUGUAAUGAAGAUCUCCCAGACUCUUUGACAGGAAUCAUUCGCAAGAAACUAAAGAGCAAUCUGACCCAAAAGUUUAAUGGCUUCAAUCGGUCAGUUGAAGUACUGGAUGAUGGUUCAAAUGAUCUGAAAAUAAACAAGGCCACAGUGGAGGACAGUGGGAAGUACAAAUGCUCUCUAUCAGCUCCACUUGGAAUGCAGAACAAAAAGGGAUACAUUCGAUUAAAGGUUCUUGGUUGUCCAACUCAUCAGACAGUUACUUACUUGGACGCUUACUGUAUUGUUUUCUCAAUGAUAAUACUGGUAGCUUUAGUGGCUUGUUUCUUGUCUUGGAAAUGUUUGAAAACUGUUUUAGAUGGUGGCCUCAGUGUUACUAAGGAGCAGGUUAAGAUAAACAUGAAGAAUAUUCAGAAGAAGGCAAACUUACCAUUACUUCAGAACACCAGCUUGAAUGGAGGUGAAGCCCAGAAUCCUGCUGGAAAUACCUGUCAGCACCACACUUGCCUGUUAUUACCUUGAUUUGGGAUGAACGUCUUGCUCCUACAGUAGCUAACCUCGCAAGAUAGAGAUGUUUGCCAUGGCUGAGACUCCGGUCGCCAAUCCAGGUUGCAGUUAGCCAGUGAAAAGUGACAGAGAGAAAGAGCUGAACUAAUAGAUAUUGAUGAAGGAAUGCUUCACAAACGUGGUACAGUUUGGACAAUCACAUGUACUAAAUAAUCUGUAGUCCAUAGCAACAUCAGCCUGUUGCUCAGCUGAAUGAUGGGAGACUCAGAGCGGAGAGGCACAAACAUACUUUUUUUUUUUUUUAUUAAAGUCCAAGAAUUUAAAAAAGAAAUACUAAAACCCUUGCCAUAGAAGAACUAUAACUACAGACCAUGCAGUGUGAUUAAAAAUGGCAUUAUUCUGUUCUAUAAAAUGAUGUUCAUAUUGUGAUCCUCAAGUUUUUCUUUGUACCAAUAGGUCUAUUUUUUAUUUAAAGUCAUGGCAGAGGAUGUAUGUUACAGGGGUCCUGUGGUACAACAGUGCCAUCUCGUGGGUGUAUUAUGAUUUUGAAAAAGUAAAUUAUAAGAGUUUCAGGAAUACUAAGGAAGGGUACUGCAAGUCAAACAUUUGGGUCCACAGACCAUUUAGUAUGGAUAAUCAGAUCGCUAAAGAAGAUUGCUGGAAACAUGGCAUACCGCUAAAGUUUCAAGAUAUUGUUUUUUCCUUUGCUUAAAGGAGAAGUUUUAUAUUUACUUGGAGUAAUUUCAACAGGAAUAAGUAGUUCUGCUUUUACUUUUUGAUUCUGUGAAAGUUAAAUAAAUAAGCUAUAAUAUUGCAGGAGUUACGCAUUGAAUCCAUCUGAAUAAGAAAAAUGAUGAGAGUGUGACCUAUGGAAACUCUUUUGGUAAGCUAUUAAAACUGAAUGUUUGGCUCAAA